AUGGAGCGUAGCAAACCCGUCAUGGCGGCAGACGACGACGACUCCUCCGAACUCUCGUCCCUCUCGUCACUGUCACCGGCCCCGUCGGAAGAUGAGGGUGAUGGAAGCAGCGACGGCGCGCCUGCGAUCGCGACCAAGUCCUCCAGAGGGGGCAUCCUCAAGUUCUUCCCAAAGCUGUCGGAGCAGCCGCCAAAGGAGCCAUCGCCGCCGCCGCGCAAACGGUCGCCAUCGCCUCCGCACGAUUAUAUUCUCGCGGACAAUCCCGACGUUGCACGUCACGUCACGGGAGCCCCAGACGCUAACGUGGACACUUCUCUCGUCGGCGUACAGUUCAUCGUCAUGUUCAGAAGCCGCUUCAGCGAUGCCUUUCCGAAAUCCCUCGCCCACUUCGGCCCGCAGGAGCUGGAGCGCGACAUCAACGAGCCGAUUCCUGGCGAUCGCGUCGAGCACUUUCUCUGCGCCCUCCUCGGCUUGCUGCUCAAUCGCAAGCAAGAUGUCAAGUACGAACCCGCCGGCCGCCGCGCAAAGGAACAUUUUGCUGAUGGAGAAUCCCUCCGCAGGCAGGGACACUACGGCAGAGCGCUGGAGGAUGCCAUCGCCUCCCAUAAGAGUCAAUGGGCCGCCUCGUGGGAGGCCAAGAAUCCCCUCGCGGGGGGCGCCACCUUCAAUUCCAUGACACCGGACGAGAGACUCGUCCUGCUGCGAACACUCAUCCUGUGGACCAUGGCCUCGUCCGAGACUGUCAAAGGUCUGAUCAACCAAUCGUACAAGCAAAAUCGGCACGAGGACGACCUGAACCAGCCGCGAUCGGUGCAGUCCUGGGGAUCCGACGGCGACAAGCGUCGGUACUUUCUCAUCGAGGGUCAGGACGACAGCCACUUCCGCGUCUAUCGGGAGAGCAACCCGGCCGGAACCAACCGAACCUGGUGGAGCGUGGCCGGCAGCAUCGAAGAGUUGAAGGCCCUGGCCGACAAGCUCGACACCAAGGAUGGCGGCCCGAAGGCCCGAAAGCUGAGCCACAAGAUGAUGCAAGCGGUUCCGCGAUUCGAAGCCGGCGAGGAGAAGCGAAGACGACGAGAGUAUCGACAGCUGCGAAAGGAGCAGUUCAAGCGGCCCGAGCCCGGCUUCUCCCUUUACGAGGGCCGCACCCGCGGCAAGCGGAUGAAGUACACCUACUCGGACGAUGAAGACAUCUUCUCCGACUCCACGGGGUACCGACGCUCCGCCCGCAACACGGGAGCCAGCACCCCGGCGGAAUCGGGCCCCGUCAUGACGUCGAGCGGACGACAGGUCAGGGCCCCUCCUCGGCUAAACAUGGUGGCCGGCGACGGCGGGCCCGCCCAGCCGCAGGCCGACGGCUCCGAGUUCGACCAGGAGCCUUCCACGGGACCGUCGGCUCGUCCAAGGCGGGCGGCGGCGACGGCGGCGGCCAACGGCAACGCAAACGGACACGGAGCAAGUCGAUCCCGUCACCUCUCGGCAGACUCGGAUGCCGACGAGAGCGAGGCCGAGUUCGGCGACGACGAGGAGGAAGAGGCCCACGUGCCGGAAGAAUCCGAAGAUGAAGACGAGUACGACGAGGACGAGGUCAUGGAGGACGAUGACCUCGUCGAUCAGCCUCAGAGCUUGGUCGUGAAGCUCUCGGUGACGUCACCGAAGCUCAGGACAGUUCUGGCUCCGAUCGACCGAUCUCCGAACAUGCUCCCGACUCUCGAGGCCCAGGAUUUCAAGGUCAACGGCAGCACGCCGUCAGGACGGGAGGUUGACAUGCAGGAUGCGCCGAUCCAAGACUCUAUAUCGGUUGCGUCGGAGUCGGCGAGGAAACCGCCUUCGCAGGUCACUGGCGAGGACCGACAGGCACCAUCGGCACCGUCAGAAGACCGGGCCGGGGAGCCAUCGUUGAACGGCGCCGCAAUGCUUCCCGUGGCACCCUUGGCUUUUCGAGGAAGCCCGGAGAAGCCGUACGGCCAAGCUGUGCCGUCCGCUGUCCCUGUUCCUGGGCAGGAGUAG